AUGGCAGCUGGAGACCCGGCAGCGUUUGAUUUCGAGGCAACCUACAAGACCACCUCAGAUUUUCCGAUUCCAUACGCUUACGGGUUCAUCGAUCCGAGAAGAGCAGCCCUGCCCUUUGAGUCGCGUCGGCAAGACAAAAUCGCGGCGGCAUUUGUUUCCAAUUGUUCCCCGAAAAACAAUCGCACAACCAUUCUUGAAAAGUUGAUUGACUUACUACCAGGUCAAAUCGAUUCUUUUGGCUAUUGUCUCAAUAACGCCGAAUCUGAUCAAGUCGUUCAGAAAUUCAACCUUAAUCCCUCGAUUCCUGGUCAACCACACCACAAUCUAUCACGCUGGGAAGAAAAAAUGAGCAUUAUCGGCCGAUACAAGUUCACCAUCGCUUUUGAAAAUGCAAACGAAGAAGACUACGUGACCGAGAAAGCUCUUUCGGCGGGUUCAAUUCCAAUCCAUUUGGGCCUUACUGCGGAGCAAUUUGAAAAAUUCAAACCUUCCCCAAAUUCUGCUUUGAACGUAGCCGACUUCAAGACCGUCGAAGAACUGGCAGAUAAAAUGAGACAAAUAGCUAAUGAUCGAGUUUCAUUUGAUUCCGCGCUCGCGUGGAAAAAUCAGUCAUUCCCUGAAAGAUUUGACGAGAUGCUUGGCUGGGGCAAGGUACAUGAAGCUUGCAGGAUUGCCAAAUUCAUUAGAAAAGAGUGGCGAAACCCGCAUGCUCCCAACCAGGAAAGGUACCAAUCAUUAUAUCAAAGGUUGAAUCAAAGCACAUCAUGA